GGUGUGCACGUCUAGAGGAAAGAACAGGACUCUAGACACCCCGUAGAGACUACUUGUUUACUUUAGAUUUUCUGUUACAGCUCUCAGUAUUCUAGAUGCUGACGAUUGAGAUCUAAUAGUGAAGAUAUUACAAGCUAAUUACAUUUAUCCUAUAUUUUCCUCUUCUAUAGGUUUGUAAUGAGCCUCGCUGCAGCAGACCUCAUUGUUGGACUUUCCGUUGCCAUGUUUGUGCUUAUCGACGAGGUCUUGAUUGACUAUGUGACAAGCCCCCGAGUCAGGUACGACAAUCACAUUAUGGACGAUAGUCGGGACAUAUACGUUUUAGACAGCAACUUAUAAACUGAGAUUACAGAUCGAACUAAGAUCACACGCUCACUAAUGCGGUGAUGCAAUACUGGCGGGGUUAUCUAAACAUGUUGGAGCACGGGUAUCUAUGGAGGUUCUCACCAACUAAUAAACUUAAUAACUUAAUCAACUUCUGCAACAAUGAAGGUUUAUUUGACCAUGUCUUCUCUACUACGUUUCAGAUUAUUUAUAUGCUACCUACGUAAUGGAGUGCUAGACGUUAGCACAACGGCGUCAAUCAGCAGCCUUCUCUGUAUCACUGUGGAUCGAUACAUUGCUAUUAUACACCCUUUACACUAUCCAAUGAUAAUGACCACAGCAAAGGCCAACAUAUUUAUCCUCAUCUCCUGGCUGUUUUCGGUUGCACUAAACAUACCAGCUAUGGUACUAUGGCAUAACAGUGGCGCGCCUUGCUUUAUCGAAGCCUUCCUUAACAAAUACCAUCUGCUGGCAAAGUGCAUUGUCAACUUUAUUAUCCAGUGUAUCAUUGUUAUAGUGUAUGCCAAGAUAUCGCGUACGAUCUUACACCACCGGCGACAAAUUGCCGCGCAGCAACAGACGGGGCAGGAAAGUCAACUAGCAAGCAGCGUCAAGGCAGCAAUAAAGACACUGAAACUCUUCGUGCUCGUGUUUGGUGCAAUGUUCAUCUGCAUCACCCCAAGCGACGUUUCCUACACCUAUCUGGCAAUGGCGAGAAUCGUCGAAGCACAGCAAUCAUAUCCGGCGGCCUGGGUGAUGCUAUGUGUCGACAUGUUGCUGUUUCUGAACUCUACGCUGAAUCCGAUCAUUUAUGCAUGGAAGUAUAAAGAUUUUCGUGGAGUGCUAGUGAAAAUGUUCACCUGCUCUCAAGGAGAUUAAACAGCCACACUAGCAGCCAAUCUGUGAUUGGAAAUACUAGUAUGGGUAAUUCCUUUAUGACUACUGACUGCUUCAGACUCCAUGUAAUAUAUGUGAA